AUGGAAACGGACGAUUGCAUCUAUGUUGAUGAAGAGAAAGAUGAAGACGACGAUUCUUUGCCAACAGCCAAUGAGUGCAUGAAAUUAUGCGAAACUUUCGCGGAAUUUACAGAAACCGAUAAAGCUUUAGCGAUGAUGUAUUUGCAACAAGCCUCUUGGAACCUAGAGCUCGCUUUGGCCUCAUUCUAUGACGGAACCGGUGACCAGGCUCCAGCAACCUCAAAGAGGUCUGAACACACAAGACAACCCAGACCUGGAAGACAGAUAGCGCCUAACAGUGUCUCUGCCGCAACGCCUGUAUGCACUUCUGACGCUCAACAUGCCCAUCUCUUUCGUGUCCUUUCCUGGAACAUUGAUGGCCUAAGUGAGAAGUCGUGCAUUUUUCGCACUGAAGCCGUCAUCAACACUAUCCAGACGGAAGUAUUCCACGUUGUGUGCCUACAAGAGGUUGUCCGAGCCACCCUCAGCAUGCUUGAAAGGGACUUGUCGGCCCUCUACAAUAUCUUCUACCCCUCCGAUGCAGCCCGUCGUGACUACUUUCCCGUAAUUUGUGUAUUGAAACACCAGGCUAUUAGUGUUGAUCCCGCCUCCUUUCGUGUAAGCCUUCACCGCCGUAUCGUCUACCUUUUUUUGCAAUUUUUUUUAUGUGUACAAUUGGUUUCCUCCGCUGACCCUGUAAUUAUGCAAAUUUUAAGCAUUUUUACGGUUGACGUCGGUGGCAAUCCACUACAGCAAAACCAGGGGCUCUUUACACCCCAAGAAGACGUUAGCGGUACCACCAUGAGCCACAGAGGCAAGCUAUCAGUGACGACGUUGUGA